AUGAGUAAGCUAGUAUCUAAAGUCCGAUUAACUUUCAAGACCGAGGAUAAGAUUAAUAUUACGUUUGUAAAUAAGCUUAGCUAUAUGCUUGUAUGCUUGGACGAGGCCCUUUGGAUAUAUCUGCUGGUGGUAAUGGGCUUGCCCUGGGCGAUCCAUCAUAACGAAACCUACUUCAAGGAUCCCUUUAGCUUCCGCCCCGAGAGAUUCCUCGGAGAUCCAGAGUUUGCCACAGAUAAGCGCGAUGUAUUCCAGCCAUUUCACAUCGGGGCUCGAAAUUGUUUGGAAGAUUUUGCUGACCCGAACAACUUGGCUUAUGUCAAAAUGCAACUUAUUUUGGCGCAUCUGACUUGGAACUUUGACAUGGAGCUGGCGGAAGAAAGCCGUGGAUGGGCGGAGAAACAGAAGGUUUACAUCCUUUGGGAAAAAGGUCCUCUGGAGGUUCACCUGAGCCCAGUCCAGAGAGUUUAA